UAUAUUCAGAUGAACAUCACGGUUUUUGGUUUGAAGGCGCUCCGGGCUGUGCAGGCAGCGCACGGAUGCCACUGUAGCCAUAGCAACGCGCCGCGCGCGCGGUCUCUCUACCACAGUUGGUGUUGUUGGGAAGAAGUAAAUCCGCGCCGCCGCGUCUCCGCCUUCACACUCUGAUCUCCACCCAGUGGAAGAGCCAUGGACGAAGCGGAGGACGGCGACGAGGACCGCAGACGUGAGGGGGGUCCGAGGCUCGACAGCGGAGGCUAUGCCCACCUCGACCCAUCCAGGACCAGGUGUUUAACUCCAGGAGGGGGAGCAGCACCGAGCCAGACCUCUAACAGCAGCGCCAGCGGUCCAAACGAGCUCCGUGCGUCCCGCGAUACGGACCGCGCGCCUGUCUCUCUGUGCCAGGGCGACGCGUGCGGCUUCGGCUUUGGAUUCAGUUUCACGAGCAACGACGACGACACGGGGACCUCCGCCACUAGUGUCGAUGUGGAGCAAGAAGACGGAGGCGAGGAGGAGGAGGAGGAGGAGGAGGAGGACGUCGGCAUGAGACGCGCCGUGAACGGAGACUGCAGGAGAGGCACGAGCUCACCUUCACUCCUCUCCAAACAGGAGAAGCAGACAGGUGGUUCGGUCACACCUGAGGAGAGAAGAGCGGGUAGCGCAUGCCCUUCUGCCACAAUGGACGGCUCGAUUACGCCCGCCGGCACCGGAGCCGCCGAGCCGGAGAAGAAGGACUCCCGGGUGGCGUUUUCGAGCUCGACUCCGGCGCAGCCCGCCGCGCUCUCCAAGACCGAGGACGGACAGCUGACAGCUGAGGACGCAGAGGCCAGGGACAGUCAGACCUACAUGCAACGGCAGUUCAGCUCCAUGCUGCAGCCCGGAGUGAACAAAUUCUCCCUGCGCAUGUUCGGCAGCCAGAAGGCGGUGGAGAAAGAGCAGGAGCGGGUCAAAUCUGCCGGGAACUGGAUCAUCCACCCCUACAGUGAUUUCAGGUUCUACUGGGACUUCACAAUGUUAAUGUUUAUGGUUGGCAACCUAAUCAUCAUUCCAGUUGGCAUCACCUUCUUCAAAGACGAGACCACCACCCCCUGGAUUAUCUUCAACGUGGUCUCAGACACUUUCUUCCUCAUGGACCUGGUGCUUAACUUCCGCACGGGUAUUGUCUUUGAGGACAACACAGAGAUCAUUCUAGACCCUAAAAAGAUCAAGCAGAAGUACUUGCGGACUUGGUUUGUAGUAGACUUCAUUUCAUCUAUCCCUGUGGAUUAUAUUUUUCUCAUUGUGGAGAAAGGCAUCGACUCUGAGGUCUACAAGACAGCGAGGGCACUGCGGAUCGUGCGCUUCACCAAAAUCCUUAGUCUGUUGCGGCUUCUGAGACUUUCAAGACUUAUCCGCUACAUCCAUCAGUGGGAGGAGAUUUUUCACAUGACCUAUGACCUGGCGAGUGCUGUCAUGAGGAUCAUUAAUCUGAUCGCGAUGAUGCUGCUGCUGUGUCACUGGGACGGCUGCCUGCAGUUUCUGGUGCCCAUGCUGCAGGACUUUCCCUCUGACUGCUGGGUUUCCCUCAAUAAGAUGGUGAAUGACUCAUGGAGCGAGCUGUACUCCUUCGCCCUGUUCAAGGCCAUGAGCCAUAUGCUGUGCAUCGGCUACGGUCGCCAGGCCCCGGAGAGCAUGUCUGAUAUCUGGCUCACCAUGCUGAGCAUGAUUGUGGGAGCCACCUGUUACGCCAUGUUCAUCGGCCAUGCCACCGCGCUCAUCCAGUCGCUGGACUCGUCACGCCGCCAGUACCAGGAAAAGUAUAAACAAGUGGAGCAGUACAUGUCCUUCCACAAACUUCCCGCUGAUUUCCGGCAGAAGAUCCACGAUUAUUAUGAACACAGAUACCAAGGCAAGAUGUUUGAUGAGGAGAGUAUUUUAGAGGAGCUAAAUGAGCCACUGAGAGAGGAAAUUGUCAACUUCAACUGCCGCAAAUUAGUGGCCUCCAUGCCGCUUUUCGCAAAUGCUGAUCCCAACUUUGUGACCGCCAUGCUGACCAAACUCCGUUUUGAGGUCUUCCAGCCAGGGGAUUACAUAAUUCGUGAAGGGACCAUUGGCAAAAAGAUGUAUUUCAUCCAGCAUGGGGUUGUGAGCAUCCUUACCAAAGGCAACAUAGGCAUGAAGCUCUCUGAUGGAUCCUAUUUUGGAGAGAUUUGCCUGCUGACUCGGGGGAGACGCACGGCCAGCGUUCGAGCCGACACCUAUUGCCGUCUGUUCUCACUCUCUGUGGACAACUUUAAUGAAGUUCUGGAGGAAUAUCCAAUGAUGAGGAGAGCCUUCGAGACUGUGGCCAUUGACAGACUAGAUCGGAUAGGCAAAAAGAACUCCAUUUUGAUGCACAAAGUCCAACAUGACCUAAACUCUGGAGUUUUCAACAACCACGAGAAUGAGCUAAUUCAGGAGAUUGUGAAGUAUGACCGAGAGAUGGUGAAACUAGUGGACCUGCAAAGACCCAGGGCCAUGUCGGCCACUCAAUCCACCUAUGGGACCAUGUUUCCUUCAUCCAAUCAGCCUCCAACAGGCUCGGCAAUUGCCACCCUGCAGCAGGCUGUAGCCAUGAGUUUCUGUCCCCAGAUGGCCAACCCUCUGGCAGCCCACGGAGCUCUCCAGUCACCCCGUAUGGUCCGCCGUUUCCAGGUAGUUCAAAGCCUUUCCAGCCCUGGGACCCAGCAGACCCCUCCAGGCUCACAGUUCCCCAGCACUGCUCUGCCCUCUGCCCUCACCAGCACGCCUGUCCAGAGCCCAUUGGCUACCGGCAGUCGAACAUUCCAGUACAGCUCCAGUCCCAUGGGCGCUCCUUCAGGCUCCCAGCUGUCCCUAGUGCAACAGCACAUCUCCAGCCCUACGCACCGAGCAACAGUUCCCAGAAGUGCAAUGACCGAGGAUGCCAGGGCCCUCUCAGCCUCCCAACCAUCUCUGCCCCAUGAUGCCACGCAACCGGCUGCCCCAAGCCCACCCCAGUCCACGAGAGUUUCCUCCACCUCCAUUGGACCACCUCACAGCCUACCAGGGCCCAUGGCCUUCAGGGCUGCAAUUCCUCCAAGGAUGACACUUCAGCACCAGAUGUCUGUGGGAGCUUUCCCACCUGCCUCUCUACCACAAAUGAGGCCAAGCCAGGACUCAGGAUUGCCCAAGAAAGAUUCAGUAGUCAGCCUUCCAGAUACAGACCAUCAUGUUAGAUCUAGAUUAUCUUCCAAUUUGUGAUCUUGAUGGAGCUGGGUGUGUAGGUGUCUCUUGCUUCAGCAAGUACAUUUCUCACCUCCUUGUCAUGCCCUGGAUCUUACUUUAAGAAUGUACAUGGAUCAAAUCGUGACAAGGGGGGGUGGGUGACUAGAACUGCCAGACUUGACAGCAUACUAAUAACUAUACAAAGUCUGUAAAACUAACGAUUUAAAUAUCAGAGAUGUUUCUGUUGUACCCACCAACAUAAAUAUCAAUGUAGCUUCUUCCCACACAGUUUGCCUCUUCAUAGUUGCUUACAUUUAUUGUGGUUGUAUUCAACAUUGCAAGAAUCAGUUCCCUACUGUACACAGUAGCACCAAUAAUACAGUGUAGAGUGGAAUGCAACAUGGGGAAAUGUGUCUCUGAUUACUAUGUAACUCUUUACAAAAGUGUUUUUUGCAAGUUUCCUCCACCCUAUUUAGAGUGGUAGUUAAUAGUGUUUUUACUUAUGAUUGAGCAAUAUUAAAACUGCUAUAGAAAAUGCAGGCAAGGCUUAUUUAACCAAGGGUGUAUUUGACAGUUGAUCAGUUUGGAAGCAUUGAUACAGAUAUGGAUAUGACUUCUUCCCCUCUGGACCAAAGUUAAGCAGACUUUUUUUUUUUUUUUGCCGUGUUUAAACAACUUGAAAUUGAAAAGAAAGUAACAUAUAAUUUCAUUGCCUUGACUGAAGCCAUAUUUUUGUCCAGACUUGUGUGUUUGUGUGUGUUUUAAAUAUUCAAAAAGUUAUUUGUUCAUAUUUACAUCCCAUGACAAAUAUUCUAAUAAUUUCCUUCUUUUUAAUAAUAUUAUUUUUAAAAAGAAGGAAAACCAGAUAAAAUAUAUGGAUGGAUUUAAUUACAGUGGGAACAAGAAAUGUAGGUGGAGAGAGGCACUGUGGACUAAAAAGCAACAAUAUUGUAAAUACAUUUUUUCCCCUAUUGGUGGCUUUUGCAGUGCUGCAUCUAAAUGAGUUUCCAAAUUUAACCUCACAUGUGGAAAUCAGUGGGAAUUAAUCAUCUAUUCAGAAAAGAUCAGACCGAGUUGGAUAUUUCCCAGACUAAUGUAUACUGUAUGGAUGUAGCAGCAUACAGUGUGCGCAGUCAUGCCGUAUUAACUCAACAGAGAAAAGUCAUAUGUGCUACUAUUUACAAAAUUCUCCUUAGCAUUGUACAAGGAGAGGAAAGGUUAUGUGAACUGAGUGUGAUAUGCGCUGUUAGUGAUUUAGUGAUUAUAUCCAGUGAAACAUGUUAGCACGCAUUAUGCAACAACGAGUCUUUCUGUGCUCAUGUGCUCCUAUCUUUCGGCUUCACGGAAUAACCCACUCUGCGUAACUCCAUGAUGAGUUGAUUUCUGUCACUGUUAUUGACUCAAAUGUGUUUCUUUUCAUCACUGCACUGUUUGAAGAUGGCUGGCUGUAAUCUCCCCUGUGGCUCUCCCCUUCCUCUUGCUUUAGUAAUGUUGCUGGUGAAGGCCUGUUACAUGUAAUGCUCACAGUGUGUUGUGUGGAGGCUUCCAUUUUGAGGGUAAUAUAAGCCAGCAUUGUCUUGUUCAUGACCUCUGAGAGCAGCUAAUGUCUGGAUACGUGGAUAAAAUCGUUCCAAAUCCCUUAUAUAAUUUUUACAGCUUGAUUUUUAAUAUUCUGGCCCUGUAAGACAAAUCUGUUUAAAAAAAAAACAAAACAAACAAACAAACAAACAAAAAACAACAUUUCCUCAUUUGCCCCUUGCAUAUGAAGGUUAAAGUGUAAAACAUAAAACUGCUGGCCGGUAUGCUACCACCUAAAAAUUCUUACAACCCAAUAACAUUCAAAGAGAACAUUCUUUCUUUCUUCAGAUAUUCAACAAUCUCCCUACUCUUAGACACUUUUUGCCAAAUUCAAAAAAUCUUUAAAGCAAUAAAAAAAAAAGCUUUCCACAUUUUGACCAAAUGAAGCAAGGAAGAGUGACUGAAUUGCUGUUCAAUAUUGUAAAGAAAACAUGACACAGGUUUUGCUAUGCAUUCAGGAUGGGAUAACUUCUGUUCUGUAGUUCAAGUUCAUCUUUCAAUAAAGAGAGGAAGAGUUUGGUUUGACCUUCAUUUUUUUUUUGGUUAUUUGUUUCACUCGUAAACAGUAAAUAAUAAUAAUAAUAAACACCUUAUGACUAUGCUACUCUAGAAUGCUGAGCAUGUCACUCUUACAGAAAAGCAAAUAUAGCCAUUUGUUGUUUUUUUGGAAUGGUGGCUGUCAGGUUCGACUGUUGACGUAACUGUUGAUGUCACGUUCGUGUGACAUCACUUUUUCUAACUCCAGCUGUAUACUCCAGUUGAACAUUCAUCUUAACCUAGGAAGAAUGGUAACCGAACUCUGGCUGGGUACUUGGGUAAGGUACUUCGGGUGACUUGGCAGUGGAAAUAAAUGAUCAAAUGUAGGAGUGCAGAAUUGUUACCACAUCAUCAAUUAGGAAGACCAUAGCUUUUACAGUUCUGACAUGCCUGAGUGAAUGCCAGGAUCAUAUUCCCAUCCUUAUUGCAGUCAAUUAUUCAGUUUCAGAACAACCUCAUUCUUAAUCCCAGGACAAUACAGCAGAAAACAUGGCCAGCAAUACAAAGCUUUAUAGUUGCUUAUAAUGCACAAGUGAUCACACUGAAUAGAUUUUUAAAAUUGUCUCUUGACCUGUUGAGUUCAGCCAGGGACAGAGAAUACAGAUGUACAGCAGCAAUUGAGAUUCUAAACACAAUGUGAUUGUUCUGUGCAGUGGGUGGGGUAAGGUAGGGAGUAGUACAUUUUCGAUAUAGCCCUUUUACAAUUCAGUGGUAAAUGGUGGAAAUUAAAGUGCAUAAAUACACAGGUUUGUAUGGUAAACGCGACCUGCUGGGGGGUAGCUGGUACCUUAAUAAGAAAGGGUAUCUGUAACGAUUCCGAGUGUCUACAUCUUUACAAAAAUGGACACAAGGAAGUUUUUUUUUUUUUUCCUUUCAUGAUGCGACUGAUGGUUACAACUCUCUCUCUCUCUCUGUG